AGACUCUGCCCAUUGGUUGAGGCGUCGCCCGUGCUCAUCCAGAGGGCACCGCCAAAGAAUCGCAGACGAGAUAAACAAGAGCGGCGGGGUUGGGGCGGGCAAGCGUCGCAGCCCCCUCGCCGCUUCAGUACGCCGCGCGAGGACUGCCGCCGAUGCGUCGUCUCCCUCCUGUCUGGCUUCUUCUUCCAUCUCGCCGCCUCCGCCUGCUCCUCCUCCGCCUGCUCCUCCUCCUCCUCCUCAGGGGGGCACUGCAGCGCUCCUGCCAUUUGCGUUGGGAGACGCUUCCCAACGUGUGCGCAGUAGCCAAGGAGAGCGGCAGAGUGGACGUUUGCUCCCAUUUUUUUCUCCACAUUGAGAGGGUUUGCACGAGAGGCCGAUGGCGCGAGGCGAGGACUCCGACUCGCAGCCGUCGCCGCGCCGCGCCACCUCAUCCCGGUCCCAGUGAGUCCAGACGGCGAGGCGGCGAGGCGGCGAGGCGGCUUGGCCCAAGGCGACGGCAAAGCCCCGAAAGCGGCCACCAUGGCCACUUUCGGGAAACUCACAGACUACUUUAAUCGGCGCAAGUCUCGGGAGGAGCUGCGCGUCGGCAGGAGCUCGCGGCGGAGCGGCAGCUACUGCUGUACGGCGGCGGAGGCCAGGUCGCUGGAAAGGAAGUUGCAGAGACCCGUCCUGGCCAAGUCGCGCACCCUACCCAGCAUCCCCCAGUCCCCGGGCGCGUCCAGAGCCCAGCGCUCGGACCUCGUGGGCGGAAGUCCUCCUCGCCGAAAGAAGCCACCCGCCGCCGGCAGCCCGAAAGACCGCGCGUCGCCGCCCGCAGGCGAAGCGUGGCGCUCGGAGGACGACGACAUGGAGGGCGAAGACGAAACGGAGCCGGGGGGAGCCGGAGCCCGCUCCCAGUCGCCCUUUUCUCACUUGCGGGCACGCGCCGCGCACCUGCGGAAAAGCAUCUCCGCCGACAACCACCUGGACAUGAACUGCGACGACGGCUCGCGGGACAAGGCCGCCCGCGGCAGCAAGGCCAAGCUCAAACGCAAAUUUAGCCUGGGCUCGGUCGAUCGCAAGGAGAAUCCGCGCAAGAAGUCCGAGUCCGGAAUCUGCAAGUUUACCCAUCGUCUCUCCCUCAAAGAACGUCCGGCCAAAGGCGAGAAGACCGCGUCGGAAGGAGCGCAUUCCUACAGGCGACGCUCUCUUAGCGUGGAUUGGGUUGAUUCCAGCAAGAUGACGCGCACCGUGAGGGGGGAGCGGGGCCAGCAGCCGAACUUGACCCGCAAGUCCGCCGGCCUUUCCUCGCCGAGCGCCGCUCGCCGCCUCUACCGCAACUUGUCUGGAAAGUUCCGCGUGAGCGCCAACCCCCACUCCUCCGCCUGGGAGGACGGCGUGCCGUCGGGAGACAAGGAGAGGCCGCGCUCGAGCGCCGCGAACAACGAGGCGCUCUUUGAGGCGGUGGAGCAGCAGCGGUCGGACUCGGUGCGAGCGCUGCUCUCCCGGCGCGGCUCGGGGGAGCUGGACCUCAACGCCCCCAACGGCGAAGGCCUGCUGCCCCUCGACAUCGCCGUCAUGACCAACGACGCGCCCGUGGCCAAGCUCUUGCUCCGCGCCGGCGCCAAAGAAAGCCCCCACUUCGUGAGCUCGGCGUGCCGCGCGCUGCACCUGGCCACCUUGGCGCAGGAGGCCGAGCGGCGCGUGGCGGAGCUGCGGAGCCAAGUGCGCGGCGGGGGGCCCGGAGAGCCGGAGGCCGAGCGGCCGGAGCCGGAGCGGGAGCCGGAGCGGGAGCCGGAGCGGGAGCCGGAGCGGGAGCUCCGGGCCUGGGAGCGGCGACUGCGGCUCUUCCGACGCAUGCUGGCGGGAUUCCGGCACGCCAAGCUCCCGGAGCCUCCUGGCGCGGCGCGCUUGUCCGUCGGCGGCAGCGGCAGUCUCACGCUGGAUUUCCAGGAACCGCCGUGCGUCGACUCGGCCGUGGUGACCAAAUACAAAGUGAGCUGGAGCACCACGCCGUCCUUCAGCUGCGUGCUGGGGGAGGCGGUGCUGGAGGACACGGCCGCGUUGCGCUACCACAUCACCGGACUCGCCUCCGGCACCCGCUACUUUGUCCGAGUGGCGGCCUACAACAUGAAGGGCUGGGGACCGGCGCUGGCUUCCACGCCCGCCUCCGCCGUUCCUUCCAGUUGGCGGGACGUGGACGGCCGCGCUCCGCGGCAGCGAGGCGCGAAGGAGGCGCUGGACCGGCUGCUCGCCCAAAUCGAUGACGGCCAUCGGAGCCGCGUCUGCCAAGAGCAGUGCAAAGCGCCGGCGCAGGGCCGCAAGCAUUCCGUGUCCAAAAGCCUGCGUCACCUCUUUCAGACCAACAGCAAGUUUGUCAAAAGUUUGAAAAGGGGUCUUUAUCUGACCUCCAUCCUGUACCGAGACGACAGCGUCCUGGUGACUCCCGAGGACCAGAUUCCCGUCGUGGAGGUGGAGGAUUCCUACCCCAGCUCCCUGAUGCAGGACUUCCUUUGGUUUACCAAGGUGUCCCACCUGUGGGAGGAGAUUCCCCGGUUGCAGCGGCAUCUGGAUCCCGCGCAGGCGGCCUGUUCCUGCGCCCUGCAGACGCGCGCAAAGAUGCUUCAAGCCGUCGGCCAUCUGCAGGGCGCGCUGGGAACGCGGGACCUGGGUCAAGUGUAUUUCGAGCCCCUCAAGGACAAGCACGGGAACGCCCUGCUGGUGCUGCUGAAGGACGCCGAGGCUCGUCCCAACCCGGACGGCGCGCGCUGGAUGCGGCUUUGCAAACUGCAGCUCCAGCGCAAGUCCCUUUCUUCACCCGAGGAGCCCAGCGCUCUGGACGAGCUGCUCGGCACGCUGCACGAGAAGCUGGCCUAUCACCGGCGGAGCAGGAAGCUCUUGUCGCCGGGCUUGUACCUGGGCUAUUUGAAGCUGUGCACCUCCGUGGAGCAGAUCAGAGCGCUGGUGCCUCAGAAGCUCCCCAACGUCCUCUGUCACACCAAGAUAAGGGACAACCACAACGUCUCCAGAGAGGAGUGGCAAUGGCUGCAGGCUUUGGGCUCGCCGAUGGCCAGCGGCCCGCCGCCCCUGCUGCGCGACCUGCGCGGCGCCAUCGAGGACCUGACGGCUCACGUCGACGUCCCCGCCGACCAGGCGCGGGGCUUCCGGAUCUACGCGCGGGAAGUGUUGGAGUUUGGGGAGCGGGUGUCCUUCCUUCUGCUCCUCCCCCCGUGCGAAGACGUGUGCGCGGCCCCCGGCCAGAACGAUCCCUCCUGGCCCCGCUGCGGCUUCCUGGCCUUGCCCCUGCAGAUUUUUGAGCUGGUCCACUUCGAGGCCUAUCGGCCCGCUUUCAUCGGCCAGUACUGCCGGGUGUCCGCCCUGCUGGAGCUGGAGUCGCUGCUGUCGCAGCAGGCCCUGCGAGAGGCCCUGUCCGAAGACGAGCUCGCCGCCGCCAACGAGCGGCGGCGGCGGCUUCAAGAGCACCUUCGGCAAACGGAGGAGGUGUGGCGCGAGGCCCGGUGGAUCGCGGAGGCCUUGCGCUACGCCCGCGACAAACAGCCGACGGGAGGCGUCUCCGUCGGCGACUUGAUGGACUCCUCCGAGGAAGAGACGGCCGGCAAGCCCGACCCGGCGCCCUCCCCGUGCCCCUCGCCGUCGCCGGAACCGCGCCGCAAGCGCUCAGGCCCGUCGGACGAGGACGGCUCCUCCGAGGUCUUCCUCGCCACCGACAGCGACUACGACUCCAGUCGGGCCCAGAGCCCCCGCGAGCCGGAGCCCCGCGACGACGACGACGACGGCGUCGGAGGAGGCGGAGCCCCGGGGGACUCGGCGCCCGACGUCCCGAGCGGCCGCGGCCGCCGCCCGCCCGAGCUUUUCGACGGCGACUUCAUCCCGCCCAGUCGUCAGAUCGAGCUGUUACACGUCACGGAGAAGCGGCGGGCUUUCCGCGUGCGCACCAGCAGCCUGGAGUUCCCCGCGCCGGCGUCGGCGCCCCGCCGGCCACGCUCCCGCCGGGCCUCUUCGCCGGGCGCCUCGCCCCCGUCGGCGGAACGCGGUCGCCGGGCCGAGCGCGGGCCGGCCCGCCCCCCGCCCGCCCGGACGCGAUCGGAGGACGGCGGCGCCCGACGGCUCCCGUCCCCGCGGGCCGCCGGCUCCUGCGCCACCCUCCGAGUCUACCCGCAGUACCGCACGGGACUCCCCGAGGAGACCAGCGUCCAGCUUUGCGUGAGCCCCCGCACGUCAGCCGGGGAGAUGGUCCGACUGGUGGUGCAGGAGAUGAACCUGGCGUCCCGGCGAACGCUCGGCGGCGGCCUCGCCGACGGAGACGCCUUCUACGGCCCCGAACACAUGAAGCACUUUGGCCUGGUGCUGGUGCUGGACCGGCGGGAAAAGUGGCUGCGGGACGGCCUGCGCCCCCUGGAGCUGCAGAACCCCUGGCUGAGGGGUAAGUUGUGCGUGCGCAUGAAGGCCUACUCGCCGCUGGCGCUCAAACACGGCCGAGCCACCGCCGUCUGACCUUUUCCCUCGCAAGACUUUUUUGCUUCUUCUUCCGGACACCAAAGGAAGGAAAGGAACGUGGCCCGCGCUCAACUUCCCCGGAAGACACUCGUAGCCCGGCGUCGUGGACGCGCCGUAGCUCGGUGGGCCGCUCCCCCGCACGUCUUUCAUCUCCCCCUCGUCCGACACGCCGGCUUCUAUUGAUCGUCGCGAUCGUUUUGGGGCCGUCGCGACGAUGGUUCCCAUCGGGCAUAUUGAAGUGGAGGGAGAGAACGAUCGGACGGGAAAGGGCUCUCCGGAACCCCCGCCUUCUACCCGCCGCCGUAACUCAAACGUGGCUUCUCGUACAAUUUUUUCCC